ACGCUGGGACCUGCGAGCAUUCGCACCUACCACUUCGUCACGGAUAUGACGUCACCGCGCUUCUAUUCAAACUUGAGGAAAUGAAAGUGUUUGAGCAACGGUCUUGUCACCAGCAGAGUGAACCACAGCCGUUUUCUUCUGCUGUUUUUGUCUAACACUCCACCUUACUGCUGUGAUAUUGACAACGAAAGCCAUGGCAUCUAAAGGUGCCAAAGAAACCCUUGUCUCCAAAUUGGGAUUUAAAUCCAACAGCUCUGGCUCAAAGGCUGAGGCAGAGCUGGAGAAGGUCCGGAAGGAGAACGCUCACUUGAGGAAAAAGAUUGACGAGCUGGCCAAACGGCACAUCAAGCCACCUGACUCGGACAAGAGCAAACUGCUGGAGAGGAUUCUUUCCCUCGAGACACUGCGUGAGAGGAACAAUCAGCAGCUGCUGGUUAAAGAGCAGGAACUGGAAACUCUAAGACAACAGCUGUCAGCUAAAGGAGGAGAGGUGGUGGUGUCGCUCCAGGCCCAGCUGGAGCAGCGCAGGAGAGAGGCAGAGCAGAGAGACGCAAUGUUCCAGAGCUUGUCACAGGAAACGGAGAAUCUGCAAAACAAGCUGGCCUCAGUUUCUGCUCGUUGUCAGUCCCUGGAAGCACAGGCCACGAAUGGGCAGGCACCUGCUGCAGAAUUGGUACGGGUGCAAGAUCAACUCAAAGAUGCUCUUGAAAAGAACGGUCAAUGGCUGGUCUAUGAUCAGCAGAGAGAGGUCUACGUCCAGUCAGUCGUUGCCAGAACAAUGGAGUUGGAGCAGCAGCUGGCCCAGGCUAAGCAGCAGCAGGAAUGCAAAGCAGAAGCCAGCUCUGAGACUUCAACCGACUCUCAAGGUACAGAGAAGGAAUAUGACCUGAAAAAGCACUAUGAGCAGUUGCUUUUAGGUUUACAGAAAGACCUGGAGAGCCAAAAAGAUCAGGCUGCCAAAGCUAAGCAGGAGCUACAUGUUCAGAAGGAGCAGACCUUGAAAGCUCAGGCAGAGCUGCAGCAUCAGAGGGAGCAGGUCCACAGAGUCCAGGACGAGAUGUGUGCCCUGCAGAGGAAGUACGAGGACAAGUGCUGCGAGUUGUCGGCCUUUCUGAGGAAACACGAAGAGAGGGGCAAGGAGCUGGAAGAUGCCAAGAUACAGCUUCAGGCGGAGCGACUUGGCAACAGACAUGCAGCACACGAGAAAAGAAAGGUGUCAUCUGAAAGGACAGACAGGAUGAGAGCCGAUCUGGAGAAGGUGGAAGAACGACUGGAUGAGGAGAAGAAGAGAUCUGCUGAACUUCUGCAGCAGGUAAAUAUGCUGCAGAAGUCUCUCCUCAACCAAAAUGAAGAACGGAGGAGAGUUGCUGCUCUGGAACAACAGAUCCAGCUCUCUGCAAAGGACUUUGAGAAUGAAAAACUUGAUCGUCAGAGCAUGCAGGAGCAAUUACAGAAAGUGCUGAAAGAGCUUCGCAAAGCCCGUGAUCAGAUUGCUAAACUGGAGUCUGCUAAGCAGCCAUGUGCCCGCUUUUCAGAGCCCAGUUCAUAUAAUAAUCUGGAGUUUGAGCGUCUUACUAUUAACGACCAUCAUGGCCCAACAUCUCCAUCUAAAGUCAUCAGCCUCCUGGAUGAGAGUUUCCUGGAGUGUCCAAAGUGUCAGGCUCCUUAUCCGACCAGUCGCCACAGAGAACUCCUGGCACACAUUGACUACUGCUUAGCCUGAGUUAGCAGUCCAGAUCAGUAUUUCCGAACUCAGACAUCAACCAAAGGGGGUAGCUAGAUGGAGGGAGUCGUUCCAAACAGAAUUAGGACACAAAUCUGAACAAUAUCUAAGAUAAGAAUGUUGGGAAUUCACAGAAUACAGAUCUGUUGAGCUAAAGGCUUUUUAUGCACACAACAUAGUGUGCUCUGUAUGCAAAAACUUUGGGAAUAUAGUUAUAGUCAUUUUACCUAAAAUGGGUGGGGAAAAAAUUGAGACUUGACAACGCUUGUCUUCACAGUACAUCAAAUUUCAGACAAAAUCAAGAGGAAAACUUUACAUUUUGUCUGCUUUGUAUAAAGAGAAAAGGGGACUCAAAGGACAUUUUUAGGAUUGUAUAACAUAAUUUCAGUAACGUUUAGCAGAUUUACACCUAAUCAUCCUUUAUGUAUUUGGUCUGAAAUAUUUUGCGAUGUAUUAUAGUUGCUUCUUCUUUUUCAAGCCAUAGCACUGAUCAUUAGAACAAAAUUGGUUGAGGGUUUCUUCCUGUGACUAUAUUUUGCUCAUGUUUUCAUUUUGUUUUGUUCCGAUUUUUGCUUUUGUGUGUUUUUAUCUUUGUAUUUAUUCUUGGGUUUCUUAUAGGAUGAGGAAAGUUUCUAUAUUUUUUCUGUGAAUUAUGUGUAUUUAAUAUGGCCUAAUCAUGCAGUGGCCUCUUUCUUUCAUGUGAUAGUUUACAGAUCUCCAUUGUACCAUAUGCUCCGAUGCAUAAAACUCCUAUAAAUGGAUCAUUUUCCACUCUGUUUUAAUAACUUCACCUUUGGUUCGAUUGUGUUGUUGAUGGUAUAUCUUGUGUUAAGUAGAAAAGUGCAGCUGUGAUUGUUUACCAUUUUAGAGUAUUUAUGUGAAGGACACCAUGUAAAUUUCUACACUCCAGCUGUUGUCUAUUUUCAACUUCACUAACUGGUGAUCACAGUUAUCAGCAAAUGUGCAUCUAAUUAGCCAUAUGUUUAUUACGGUAGUACUGCCCUAGUCCUGCUGCAGCCGUCCCAUCAAACUCAUUUCACACACUUGGAUAAACAUUGCUGAACCAUGACUAAGACUUUUUUUCCCCACUCCUAGUUUUUAGAUGCUUCAAGUCAACCUAACCUUAAACAUGUAGCCGUGCAGAGCUUAGCCGGUCACAUGUGUCGGGUUGUCUGUGUAUUCCUCUCCUCAAUCACCACCUUGACUCUUUAAACCUGCAGCCCUGUAAGGCUGGAAAGAGAUUGCUUGAGUUAAUUCCUUGUGCUAAACUAUUUACAGCGGGGAUUACUAAAGGUCUCCUCGUUGGGAGAAAGGUGUGUUUAUUCCUGCGGUCUUGGCAAUGUGACCAGGUAGAUUUAAUGCAGACAGACGCUGCUUUGUCUCCAACCUUUUGGGUAGCUUUAUUUUUACUUCCAUUGUGUGUAUCUUAGUAGAGAGCCAGCUGGGAAUUGCUUUUUAACAGCUGAUGUUUUUAAGUGCUCUUUGACAUGUGCUCCUGAAUUGUUUUGUCGUGCUCAGUACUGUCCACAAAUGUGCAAUAAAAAUGUAAACCUCCAUGCAGAACAA